GAUUAGGACGCUCGUCUAAGAAAACUUGAAACAACUGAAACUUUUGCGCUGAUGGGGUGUGAUGAUUUGAAGUCUAAAUAUUUAUUGGAGUGGGUUUUCUUCCUGAAUAUGGAUAUAAUAAAAUGUCCGUUUUCCCUCCUCUUAACUAGGCAGUCUAGAAAUGGUAGUUCACCGAUGUCUGAUUCUGCUUUCGAUGUUAACUGGAUACUGGAAUAUAGAUUGUUUAUUUUCUCCAGGAAUGAACUGUGUAGAUCUCGUUUUAGUGCUACAAAAGUAUCAUCCACAUAUCUUAACCAUAUUUUAGGAGUAAGUAUGCUUGAAAAGAUAUUUUUGAAUUUAUUCAUGUAAAGGUCGGCGACUAUUGGGGAGACUGGUGAACCCAUAGCAACACCAUUUGUCUGUCUAUAUAAACUCCCUCUAAAUGUAAAAUAAUUACUUUCUAGACAGAAUUUUAAGCUCUUAAUUAUUUCACUGGUGUCCAGUGGACAUCUUUGUGACAGUGUUGUAUCUGAUUCUAGUAGACUGGAAAUUAUAUCGAGACUUU